AUGCAUAGUGGAUAUCAUCAUGUACGCGAAUUCUCAUGUGGGACUCUUUACUACAGAACUUUGUUUGUCGACACAAAGCGUGAUGCACUCUACGUUGGUGCGAUGGACCGAUUAUAUCGACUUAACAUGAACAAUAUCAGCGCAUCACAUUGUGAGAGAGACGCGAUAAAUUUGGAGCCCAGUAACGUGGCGCAGUGUGUGUCAAAAGGGAAAUCAGAGCAUUUCGACUGUCGGAAUCAUAUCCGUGUCAUCCAACCAAUGGGUGAUGGGUCUCGACUCUACAUCUGCGGCACCAACGCACAUAGCCCUAAGGACUGGGUACUAUACCAAAACAAGUGCCUACUAGUUAAUACAGAUACAGAACCUGUCAUUUACCCCACUUUUGUUAACUUUUUUAUCGCCGAUGACAGCGAAGAUUUAUGGCUAUUAUCUAGGAAGUACUUAGCUGAUCAAUUUCAUUGGACACUCGCCAAAGAUCUCAACAGGUUACAUAUGCUACAAACUAAAAGUGCAAGAUGGUAUCAGAUUGUAACCAUAACAUCAGAAAGUGUUUAA